AUGAUCGCUCAUUACGAUCGCAUCCGGGACGAGCUCUUAACGGGUCGGCCUGUAUCGGAUCAGGGCGAAUCUCACAGCCGGAAAAAGCGACCGAGAACUCUAGCCUCCGACGGCCUUCCACUCCCACUCUGGCUCACUAAUGUCAUCUUCGUUAUAACGUUCGUUCUUUCUAGCUGCUACCUCCUCCGUCGCUGGCGCGAGAAAUUGGACUCGUCGGACAAGCUCCAUAAUUUAAUAUGGCGGGACUUAGCUGCUGUCACUCUUGCGAUCUGUUCGUUUAUCUACUUAAUCGGUUUCCUGGGGAUCGGGUAUGUGCAAGCGACAGUGGGACUGAGCGUUCUAUCGGACGAAGAGGAAGAGGAAGAUGAGGAGGAGGAGGAGCGGGAGGAGGAAGAGGAGGAAUCGUCAAGGAAGCUUCGUCAUAGCCAGCAGCAGGAGCAGACUAAGGAACUUACACACCGCCACCUCGACGCUCCUUCUUUUAAGUCCUAUCUCCCGCCUUCGUCCUUCCAGCCUGAGUGCGCUUCUAAAGCGAUUCCGAUUCCAUCCGCUGCAGCCCCUUCCGCUACAGUCCCUUCCGGUACAAUCACACCGAACACCAGCGCCGACAGCUUGAAAACCUUUGUUUUUAAGUCUGACAGUUCAUCCUCGUUACCAGACGUCCCGCUACAAGACCUCCCGGACGACGAUAUCGCGCGCGCCGUCGCGCGCGGCGACAUUCCCAUGCAUUCCCUCGAGGCGCAACUCGGCAACACCCUCCGCGCGGCCGCGGUCCGGCGGCGCGCCGUGGAGAUUAAAACCGGCCGGUCCUUAGCCGGGCUCCCGCUGGAGAAUUACGACUACGAUGUGAUCCGCGGCGCGUGCUGCGAGAUGGUGAUUGGCCACGUGACGAUCCCCAUGGGUGUAGCGGGACCGUUACUUUUGGACGGAACGGAAUUCUUCGUACCGAUGGCUACGACUGAAGGGUGUCUCGUUGCUAGCACGAACCGCGGCUGCAAGGCCAUCUGCGCCGCCGGCGGCGCGCGCAGCGUCGUGCUGCGCGACGGCAUGACGCGCGCGCCCGCCGUGCAGCUCCCCUCCGCCAUGCGCGCGGCGGAACUGAAGGCAUACGCGGAAAGUCCGCGCAACUGGGCGGAGCUCGCGGAAGCGUUCAACAGCAGCAGCCGGUUCGCGCGGCUGCGGAGCAUCCGCGUGGCGGUCGCGGGGCGCAACGCGUUUGUCCGCGUGGAGUGCGGCACGGGCGACGCGAUGGGCAUGAACAUGGUUUCCAAGGGCACCGCGAGCGUGCUCGGCGCGCUGCGGGACGCGUUCCCGGAUAUGCGCGUUGUGAGCAUGUCGGGAAACUACUGCGCGGACAAGAAGGCGACUGCGGUCAACUGGAUACACGGCCGCGGGAAAUCUGUUGUCUGCGAAGCCACCAUUCCCGGCCACGUGGUACGUUCCCCCCCGCCCUGCCCCCACCCGCUCCCUGCCUCCAUACGUACUGCGAUCCUCUCUUUCCCCUUUGCUCGAUCCAUGUCGGGGAAUUACUGCGCGGAUAAGAAGGCGACUGCCGUUAACUGGAUACACGGCCGCGGGAAAUCCGUCGUCUGCGAGGCUACUAUCCCCGGCCACGUGGUACGUUCCCCGCCUUUCCCCCUUGCCCCCUUCUCCGGCCCCUUACUGCGGUCAACUGGAUCCACGGGCGCGGGAAAUCUGUCGUCUGCGAAGCCACCUUCCCCGGCCACGCGGUACGUUCCUCCCCGCCCUUCCCCGCCCUCUUUUCCCACCCCCAUUACUCUCCCUACAAUCCCGGCCUCCUCACCCUCCUCCCCUCCCCGGCACCCUGCCCUCCGCACUCUCCUGCCCUCCGCACCCUCCUGCCCUCCUCCCCACCCUCCCCCGCCUCCCCCGACCUUGCUUUCCCACUCCCCUUGCCCUCCCCGACACCCUGCCCUACCCUCCUCCUCACCCCUCUGCCCUCACUCCCCUGUCCUUCUCACCCCUCUGCCCUCACUCCCCUGUCCUCCUCACCCCUCUGCCCUCACUCCCCUGUCCUUCUCACCCCUCUGCCCUCACUCCCCUGUCCUUCUCACCCCUCUGCCCUCACUCCCCUGUCCUUCUCACCCCUCUGCCCUCACUCCCCUGUCCUCCUCACCCCUCUGCCCUCACUCCCCUGUCCUCCUCACCCCUCUGCCCUCACUCCCCUGUCCUCCUCACCCCUCUGCCCUCACUCCCCUGUCCUUCUCACCCCCCUGCCGUCCUCAUUCCCUCCUCUCCUCACCCCCUGUCCUCCCCCCCUGUCCUCCAUUCCUCCUGCCUCUUCACCUUCCGACCCUCCCGACCCCUGUGUCCUCAACCUUGUCUCUACCGCCUACUGUCUUCCUUCCCCAGGUGGAAUCGGUGCUAAAGACAACGGUUGCCGCCCUAGUCGAGCUCAACACAGUGAAGAACCUCGUGGGUUCGGCCAUGGCGGGCGCGGUGGGCGGCAGCAACGCGCACGCGAGCAACAUCGUCACGGCCGUCUUCCUGGCGACGGGGGUGGUGGAAUCGGUGCUAAAGACAACGGUUGCCGCCCUGGUGGAGCUAAACACGGUGAAGAACCUGGUUGGUUCCGCCAUGGCGGGCGCGGUGGGCGGCAGCAACGCGCACGCGAGCAACAUCGUCACGGCCGUCUUCCUGGCGACGGGGCAGGACCCCGCGCAGAACGUCGAAACUGUGCUAAAGACAACGGUUGCCGCCUUGGUCGAGCUAAACACCGUCAAGAACCUGGUAGGGUCGGCCAUGGCGGGCGCGGUGGGUGGAUGCAACGCGCACGCGAGCAACAUCGUCACGGCCGUCUUUCUCGCCACGGGACAGGACCCCGCGCAGAACGUGGAGAGCUCGCAGUGCCUCACGCUUCUCGAAGCCGCGAAUAACGGCGAAGAUCUGCACGCCUCGGUGACCCUGCCUGCGAUUGAAGUCGGCACUGUUGGGGGAGGAACGUUCCUCGCACCGCAGUGCCUCACACUGCUUGAGAGCGCCAAUAACGGCACCUAUCUGCACGCGUCUGUCCCGCUCCCCGCGAUUGUAGUGGGCACUGUUGGCGGAGGAACCUUCCUCGCACCGCAGGCAGCAGCACUGGCCUUGCUGGGCGUGAAGGGCGCCCACAGGACACAGCCAGGGCUGGCAGCUGGCGCGGGUGGUGGCGGCAGCAGUGCUGGCGGGGAGCUCUCGCUCUGCUCUGGAGGCGAAUUAAACUCAUCUCUAUCCACCCCUACCUGCUUUCUUGCUACCUUCCCUCACACAGGCUGCCGCUUUGGCUUUGUUGGGAGUGAAGGGCGCCCACAGAACGCUGCCGGGGCUGAAGGCGCAGCAGCUGGCGCGGGUGGUGGCAGCAGCAAAUGA